AUGCGGAGGAGCAGCAUCGUGCCUGCGGAUGUAGCAGAAACUUUUCACGGCUUUUACCGCGGGGAUGUGACCAGGAACCAACACUGGAGGGAAAGAGUUAAGCGACAGCUGUGCUCCACGGAGGGAGUAGUCUAAAAUGUGGAUGAACUGACAUUUAUUGAACCGGUUGAUUACACUUAAACUUGAAGAACCGAGAGAACUCCGCUUCUUUGAAAAUGGCCGUUCGUGGAAACUCGCUGAUGCCUUUCUCCAUCCAAGCCAUCCUGAACAAAAAGGACGACAGCCGACACUUGCCAGAUUUGGACAUGUGCUUCUCCAAGACGGCUUGCUGGAAAAUAUUUGGGGAGAUGAACGGAGGAUCUCGGAGAGAUGAUGGGGAGGCUUGUGAGCCUGCGGACCAGAAAAGCUACGACUCUGACUCGGGACUCAGCGAUGACAACGACAGCAAGACUCCGGCCGUGUGCAAGUCAGAGAAAGACGGAGACCCUGCGUCUGAUGUGCCGCAGGAGAGUUUGCAAGAAGAGACGGACCAAGAGUCUGCAGCUGCGGAAAACGCAAAGAGUGACAGUGAGCCCAACAAUGCUACGGACUCCAGCACCCUGGACGAGAAGAGUCAGGAUCAGCCCAAACAGAGGAAGAAGCGCUCGAGGGCCGCCUUCUCUCACGCGCAGGUUUUCGAGCUGGAGCGUCGCUUUAACCACCAGCGGUAUCUGUCCGGGCCGGAACGCGCUGACCUGGCCGCCUCUCUGAAGCUCACAGAGACCCAGGUCAAGAUCUGGUUCCAGAACCGCCGGUACAAGACGAAACGGCGCCAGAUGGCCGCCGAUCUCAUGGCGUCGACCCCGGCUGCCAAGAAGGUGGCGGUGAAGGUCCUGGUGCGGGAUGACCAGAGACAGUACAGCCCGGGAGAGAUCCUGCGGCCCCCGCUGCUCUCCCUGCAGCCCUCCUACUAUUACCCAUACGCCUACUGCCUCCCUGCAUGGACACUCUCUGCAUGUGCGGGGAAUCAGUGAACUACGUGACUGUAUUUAUUCCUUUUUAUGUUUUAUGACCCCGGAAAUCAAACAAACUCUCUUUCUGACAAGAGGAUGAGACCAGAUGGAGACUUUUGGUCUCAUGGUGCUUACCAGGUCUGGGUUCCCAAACGUCUUUAUCACAUCCUCAAAUACUUAAACAAGACUCAGGCUUUAAUUCAAUAAGAGUCUGUUCCAAGGAACCCCGCUGAAGAAGACAUUUCGAUUUAGGCUUUAAAUCACAAGACUUUGGACCUGAUUUUUAAAUGUUAACAAGGACCUCUGAAGCCCCACGGACCCCCCUGUGGGAACCAGCGGCCUGAUAGACUGUAAAUGUCACCUUAUGUUGGUUUAUAUUUUACAUGCGCCUUCCUACCUCUGCAGUGAUUGGAAAUAGGCAUAUUCCAUUGACUUUUCAUAGAACUGUCUCUGUUACAGAUUGUGUUUUUUUUUUCUUGCUGUGUUUAUAAAGGUAAGAUAUUUCAGCACUUUUGAGCUAUAUACAUUACUUUAAUGUAAAAUGCGUUGCAGUGUGUGUCAGACUGAGAGGGGGCGGUCACUUGUGUUAGGCCUAUUAAUGAUCUCGUGGAAGCAGCAUAAAACCGACCGACUUCUAAUUGUUCUAAUUGUACAUGUGUUAUUUGUGUUAAGAUCGAAAAAAACAUUAAAAACAUA